AUGGAACAAUACCCUCCAUUUUUGUCACUGGUUCGGGGUUACCUGCAGUCAUCAAUACCAAAGGGUGACUGUCCUAAAUUUACAGUCAUCAAAACUAACAGGUAUAAUAUCUCCACAUAUAGGAAUCGUAGCUUUCUGAAAGAAUUAUAUAUGCAAAACAACACCUUUAGUGGCACUAUUCCUCCUGAAAUAGGAAAAUUGAACAGAUUACAAUAUUUAUGGCUUAAUAAUAACUCGAUCGAAGGACAAAUUCCAAUAAAUAUGUCUUCAUGUUUAAAUCUCUUGGACCUUGAUCUUGGACAUAACAGGUUAGCAGGACAUAUCCCUUCCGGGUUUAGUCUCUUGUUACAUCUACAAUAUCUAGACCUUGGAAAUAACAACUAUUCUCUCACAAUCCCUUCAUUUUUAGGGAACAUAUCUUCCAUUCAACAACUCUUUUUACAAAAAAACUACUUGGUUGGAAGCAUACCAGAAAGCUUAGGUAACCUGAAAAGUUUGAGAGUCCUGAAAAUGGACGAAAACAGAUUAUCUGGAAGAAUCUCACCCUCAAUCUUUAACCUUACUUUGUUGAAUAGUUUUGAUGUGGGAAUGAAUUUUUUGGAGGGAAACCUUCCUUCAGGUUCCAGCAUCAAAUUUCCGCACCUGCAAUGGUUUUCUAUUUUUAGAAAUAAUUUCACAGGAUUCAUUCCUACUUUUAUAACCAAUUCAUCAAAUUUAGAAGUUCUUCAAUUGGGUUCUAACAAUCUUCAAGGACAAGUUCCUUCUCUGCACAGAUUAGUCAAUCUUACACGCCUUACCCUUUUUCAAAACUUUCUAACCGGUGAUUUAAAUUUUGCUGUUUCUUUAGCCAAUGCCACAAAUUUAAGGUUUCUUUCCAUAAGUUACAAUAAUUUCAAAGGAAAUUUUCCUAGUAUUUUCUGCAAUUUCUCAAUGAUUUUUGUAUUAACAUUCACAAAUAAUAAGAUAUCUGGACAGAUUCCAUCUUGUAUAGAUAACCUUGUAAACAUGGGUUUGUUUUCUGGAUGGAACAACCAACUUACUGGUGUUAUUCCCCAGGUUAUUGGAAAACUUCAAAAUCUGAACCAAUUAGACUUUAGUUAUAACCAAUUAUCUGGGGGUAUACCAUCCUCAAUUGGGAACUUAACAAAUCUGGUUUUACUUCAACUAUCAGCAAAUAAUCUUGAAGGCCAAAUACCCUCAAGUCUCGGACAUUGUAGAAGCCUACUGUCCUUGAUACUUUCUAACAAUCAUUUAAGUGGAAAGAUACCAUCAUCACUUCUUAGUCUCUCCACCUUGUCUGGCAUCCUCGAUUUGUCUAAUAAUCGUUUAACUGGGUCCCUUCCCAAGGAAGUUGGGAAACUCAAGAAUCUUGGUGCACUUAACAUUUCUGAAAACAUGCUAUCAGGAGAAAUUCCAAGCACUCUUGGUGCCUGUGUAGUGUUACAGUACCUGUUUAUGAUGGGGAACUUUUUUAAAGGAAGAAUCCCUAAUGAACUAAAUGCAUUGAAGGGUCUCAUUUUGUUAGAUUUAUCAAGAAACAACUUAUCUGGUCGAAUUCCUGAAUAUCUUGUAACACUUCCAUUGCAAAUGUUAAAUUUGUCGCAUAAUAUCGACCUUGAAGGUGAGAUGCCUGUUGGAGGAAUCUUUAGUAAUACAAAUGGUUUUUCGGUAGAUGGUGACACUAGACUCUGUGGAGGCAUGCCUGAGCUAAAGCUACCUAAAUGCAAUUUUGAUGAUCAGAAAACAAGGCCAAGACAUAGAAGAAGAGUUAAACUAGCUAUAAUUUUAGGGUCUCUUGGACUUGUUUUGAUAGUUGUAGUAUUUGUGUUAUAUGUUCUUUGGUACAAAAAGAGGAAAAUGCAACAACCCACAUAUGAAGGACAUCAGUUAGAAAAUUAUCCAAAUUUGUCAUACCAAAGUCUUUUGAAGGCUUCAAAUGGGUUUUCAUCUGAAAAUUUGAUUGGCAAAGGUACUUUUGGGGUUGUGUACAAGGGUUUACUUCAUGAUCAUGAUGAGUCAAUUGUUGCAAUCAAGGUGUUCAACCUUGAGCAACAUGGCGCGUCCAAGAGUUUCAUGGCCGAAUGUAGUGUCCUUCGAGCUAUAAGACAUCGGAAUUUGGUAAAGGUGAUAAAUGUUUGCUCAAGUAUUGAUUAUCAAGGUAAUGAAUUCAAGGCUUUGGUUUAUGAGUAUAUGGUCAAUGGAAGUUUGGAAGAUUGGUUGCAUCCAAAGGAAAUUUACAUGGUUGAUGACAAAUCUACACCUAAAAACCUAAACCUUGGUCAAAGACUUAAAAUUGCAGUGGAGGUGGCUAAUGCCUUGGAGUAUCUGCAUUAUGAUUGUGGUGAUAGAAUAGUUCACUGUGAUAUGAAGCCAAGCAAUGUCCUUUUGGAUGAAGAUAUGGUAGCACAUGUUAGUGACUUUGGAUUGGCUAAAUUCCUCUCGGAAGGCAUUAGGAGCUCCCAUGAAAAUUGCGAGUCUAGCUCCCUUGGAGUUCGGGGAACUAUUGGUUACACUCCUCCAGAGUAUGGAUUGGGAAACGAGGUGUCGAUACAUGGUGAUGUCUAUAGUUAUGGGAUCCUACUAUUAGAAAUGUUCACCGGAAAGCGACCCACUAACAAGAUGUUCAAUGGUAGCAUUAGCCUCCAGCACUAUGUUAAAGAAGCUUUGCCUGAUAGGGUGACCGAAAUUCUAGAUGAGGCUUUGCUUAAGGAACUAGAAGUACUGGUUGUGAAGAAGAUUAACACAAGUACUAUCUUAGAAGGCUUGGUUUCUAUUCUUGGAAUGGCAGUUAAUUGCUCUAAUGAGCUCACUCAAGAAAGAAUGGACAUGUCUAAUGUGGUCACACAGCUUUCUUCUUUUAGCAAGAAUCUUUUUGAAAUAUGUGAAGUUCAGACCAUACUAGAUCAGAACCAUUAAACUUUGCAGCUGAAGAGUUCGCAUUUUUUUGCACUUGUGAAGAUAACACUUGCAACUUUUUUGAUGAUAUCAAAUUCAUAACCUGUUAUUUCAUACUCCUCCAAUGCUAAUCAUGUCGGGGAAUCCUUACUCUUCCCCAAAGGCCAAUAAACUAGUCAAAGCUUGUGGUGUUGAUUUUCUCAAAUAUUGCUUGCUAAAUUGGUUAAUUACAGCUCCCUUUGUGAAAUGAAUAAAUACAAGUGGUGCAUUGCUUUUCCUAAUUCGGAUAUACUCUGCAUCCACUCGAUCAACAGCUACCCCAUAUGCUAGCAUACGAAGAGUCGCAAUACAUUUUGUAUUAUUUGUGCUAUAUAGCCCAUAUAUAACAAUAUUGUCUUAUGCAACAAUAUACAGUGGCGGAUCUAGAAAGAAUUUCAAGUGAUGUCCACAAUGUAAACAUAAAAAUUACUGUUAAAAACGUUUCAUUUAUGCUAAUUUUCCAUGGUGAUUUUUCGUAUUUUGAAAGCUGAGCAUAAUAUAUCAUUUGAUAGUUUAAUUCACUAUUAAACUAUUAAGCAUUCAGAUUUAUUCAAAAUUCACCAUUAAUUCACAAAUAUCUACCCUUUUCACAGUUUAAUCAAAUUAAAAAAAGAAAAUAGACACCCCAUUGUUUCAAAUUGAUGAUGCAAUUAAUUUACCUAACAGAAAUUUCAAUUAAAUGAACGAAGUUUAAUUGCUUGUUUUAUCAACCGAAAAAUGACAAACAUGUCCAAUAGUCUACUGGAACAAUAUAACAGAAAAUUCAAAUUACAAGAAGUAUUUAGCCAUAAACGAACAAAUUGGACUAACACAAAAUCUGGAGAAUAAAAAAUAUUAGAAAAAGACAAAGAAUUC